AGGUCAUAUUGCUUCAGCAUUGCUGAGACCAGUCGCUGCAUGGGUGCUCCAUGGUGUGGGCCAGUUGCGCGUUGGAAAGCGCAUGUGUUGUCAAGGCUGGAGUCAGCAUCCACUACGACAGCUCUGCACGUCAUGGGCAUUGGUGGCAGAGGCACUUUCCAAGAUGGGAACCGACCACCUUCCACGUCUUCCGUCACUUUGUGAGGCCUGACGCAGUAGUUCUGGACGUGGGCGGCUGGAUUGGCACCACAGCCGUGUGGCUGGCAGCCGUUGCAAGGAAGGUGGUGGUCCUGGAACCCGCCGAAGCGGCCUUCGAGGAGAUGCAAAAGCACGUUGCCAAGAAUCCAGACAGGCGGCACCGUUUGUCGCUCCUUCGCGCAGCCCUGGGCCCUCGACGAGGCUUCGUGCACAUGACCAACUACGGAGACUCAGCGGAUCAGGUGGCCAUGGCUGGUGGCAGCCUCACCAGCAUGUGGGACAUCCGCGAGUUGCUGUCAGCCUUUCCGGAUCUGGAAGAAGUCUCCUUGGUGAAAAUCGACGCAGAAGGCAGUGAGCGCGACAUCAUCCCAGCCCUCGCGGAGUUCUUGAAGCAAACCCGACCCGUGCUGCUGGUCUCGCUACAUCCAUAUGCCUUGAUGGAUGAGGAACUUGCAGUGUUGGUAUCACAACUCAGGGUGAUUUGCCCCUACCUCUAUGGCUUUUACAUGGUGAAUGGUACUUGGAUGCUGGCAGACUUCCAGACUCCAAUGUCCAAAGUCUCUGGUGGAUUACCUCAGGUUGCAGAUCCUGCAGAUGAUGCGUUGUGCAUUUGGCAGCCGGCGCCAUUGGACUUCUUCUACGACCUUGAAACAUGACCAGUGGCAACGUCAACGUGCCUGGGACGCUUGGGAUCUGGAGCUGAGAUCCCUGGGGUGAUUGCUGCGAUGAUCAUCGAUGAUGUGACGAUAUUUUUGGAAAAUGGAUGAACACAGCAAGAUCAAGAUCUAGAUGGCUGGGAAGAUUCAACGUGAUGGGAAGCUGCAGGUUGUCUGGCUCUUGUGACUCUUGUGGCGAAGCCAGAGUCGAGCUGCUGCGCGCUGUUUGUCUAGCUUGUGCUUUGGUCAUGGCAGAAGAUGCCAAAGGUUUGCAUAUCCGGUUGAAAAAAA